GGCGCAACUAGUACGGUCACACCAAUGAAAAGCCAACUCAGCUGAAAGUGAACCCAUUUUUAUACACAAAAAUUAAUAGCUGCAGCGAAAUAAUUUGAUUUCACACGACCACUGCGCCCCAAAAACAAUGCAAAAUGCGGCUGGCCAACAAGAAAGCAACAAUGCAGCCCCAGCUGAGUGACUUGGCCCUGUUCGUGGGCCUGCUGAUCUGCUGCCUUUCAACUUUGACGUGGGCUGCAACUCUCUCCGACAAGCGACUGUGCGCCGACCCGAAAUGUGAACAAAUUAUCUCAACGGGCAUUGCCAAAAUCAGCUAUGCCACCGGCGGCGAGGGGCUGAUAUCCUUUAAAAUCAACUCUCCCAUUCGCGUCCUGUCAAAAAGCGCCGGGUCCAAUAGACAGCUGUGGGGUGUGGACAUCAAUGGGCGGCGCGGCUAUGCCAAUAAGGACUUCAUCAUGGAGAAGAAGGUCCUGGUCAAGGACAAGGACCUGUUGUUCGAAGUGCCAGUGGUGGGACCUGGCAGUCCCGUGAAGCCAGUGGAGACACCAGUUCAGCCCGUGGAUACACCAGUUCAGCCCGUGGUGACACCAGAUCAGCCCGUUGAAACGACAGUGCAGCCCGUUCUUAACGCCUCUGAGUCAACCGAUGACCUGGCAACGACCACAACGUCACCACUUCAGGUUGCCGUUGAUUCAAUAGUGGUUGAGCACGACAAGCUGCAGGAUCAGCAGGUUCCUGAUCCUACGACGGCUUCCAAAGCCCAAGUGCAGGUUAUUGAAGGCACCGAGCUUCCCCUGGAGGCCAUUCCAGCUGUAACGGAAAGUGCCAUUGUUCCAGGAAAGACAGAAGACCCCCAAGAAGCUACGAAAUCGGACUCGGCAGUUGUUGACACGAAAGAGCCACAGGCAUCAACUUCUGAGCCCAUUACAUCGCAGGAAGGGCCAAAAGCACAGGAACCCGCGAAAGAAGCUGAGAAACCUCCCCCACUGCCUCAGGCCAUCAACGCUGAACUCGAAGACUCAGAUGAUUUCGAUUACGGGGAUGACGAGACAGACGAAGACGACCACGACGACGAUGACGACUCCAAACAAGGUAGUCAAGAUAACAAAUCGAUCACAGAGAUAGCAAACGAUAAGAAAUCAAUUAACGAAUCGAUUGAACUAAACCCUCUUAUGGUCGAGCAACUGAACACAACUGAUAAAUUGGAGGAUGCAAAGGAUGAGACUAAAGAAAAACAGGCAACAGUGGAGGACUCUAAGCAGGAAGCCUCUCUUUUACCCACAGAGGCGUUAAAGUCACCAGAACCUUUGCCGAUCGAGGGGAUCACCGAAAAGGUGGUUGAGCCCCCGCAAACGAUUGUUGAGCAUAAAGUGAAUGAAGCUUCAGUUUCAGAUGAAAUCCAAGCUGAGUCUGAAAAAGAUAACGCUACCGAACCUAUUGUUGCUCAAUCUGAUGAGGAAAUAAAAGCGCCAUAUGAGUCAGUAAUCAGCUCAACGGCUCCUGUCGUAGAAGAGGCACCACUAAAAGCGGAGUCUGUUGGCCUGCCGCCUCUCUUUGAAAAGAAGAACUUUGAGAACCCCAAUGAUUACUAUAAGCAAUUACAGGAACAACAGGAAAAAGAAAGAUUAUUUGUAGAGGCGGAGCAGCAAAAGAGGUUACAAGAGGAAGCGGAGCAGCAGAAGAAGUUACAAGAGGAAGCAGAACUGGAUAAAAGGAUACUCGAAGAAAAGAGGUUACAAGAGGAAGCGGAGCAACAGAAGAGGUUACAAGAGGAAACGGAGCAACAGAAGAGGUUACAAGAGGAAGCGGAGCAGCAGAAGAGGUUACAAGAGGAAGCGGAGCAGCAGAAGCUUUUACAAGAGAAAGCAGAGCUGGAUAAAAGGUUACUCGAAGAAGCUGAGCAACAGAAGAGGUUACACGAAGAAUCAGAGCAGCUGCAGCGAUCAAGUGAGGAAGCGCAGGCACAACCGAGCGUUCAGGAUGCCAACGUGCAGCAGCUUAAUGAUUCUGUAGAUGCACAGUCCAACGAAAUCGUUGAUAACACCAAUGAACAGAAUCCAAAACAAUUUCAGCAGCACCAUCAUCACCCAGAAAGUGCCUUUAAUUACCCAUCAACUGCAUCACAUACUACUCCAACGCCUGACACUGAAUCACCGUACGCAUCAAUCCAAGAGGAAAGCACAGAAGCACCCCAAACAGAUAACCAUCGUCAGGGAGUUGGUUCCGUGGAGCCAGUAGCUCUGCCUGCGACGGCUAGCCCCGUAUCGGAAGUACCCGUCAAGGAGGACGCCGCAGGCUUCGGUCUCUUUGCCACGAUUGUCGACACCGUAAACAAUUUUAUUGGAAAGGAUCCUCAGAGUGCCUCAGCAGAUAGCAGCGAUGAACUGCAGAGAAUUCUCUAUCCAGGAAAGCCGGAGGUGCCAUCUUCUCAAAAGAAGGCGGAAGAUACUGCUCCAGCCGAUGUGGAUGGAUAUUGUGCCCGGUAUCAAGCCCAAGAUGAGCACUGUCAUCGCUCAAUAUCCCUUGAUAAUUUUGUUGAAGUAAUGGCCGGCAAGCUGGUUGAGCACAGCCAACUUUUACUCUGCGUUAUUAUUGCGGCGACUUCUUCCUUGUUCUUUAUGUUUGCAUACUACUGCUUCUGCAACAGUAGUCAGGAGGGAGCACUUCUUUCGAAGCUGAACCAUUUGGAACGCAGUCUGUUGGCCUCCCACAAGGAGAAUCUGAUUAUCAAGCACGACCUGAUGACAACGCGAACAAAGUUGGCCAGCAUUGAGGACAACUCCUUUGGCUCAAACGACAUGGUGGCCGAUCUCAAAAAGCAGCUCGAAUCAGAGCUAUACGAGAAGGCCAAACUGCAGGAGCAGGUUGGCUCACUAGAAAGGGAUCUGGAUAACGCGGCUGAGGCUGGCCUGGAGCUCAACAAAAUGCUGUCCGAAGUCCUGAACGGCCAGAAUGGGGAUGAGGCUUUCAUGAGCACCGUCGACGAACUGCAGCGACAGCUUAAUGAUCAAGAAAAGAUCAUCAUUGAAAUCAACACAAGUCUGGCCGAGAAAAGUAGAGAGAACAGCGAACUGCAGUAUUCCUUUACGGAGGCCACUACACGCCUUUCCAGCGAGCUGAAGACGCUACAAGAGGACAACUACGAGUUGGAGAUAGAAAAGUCUAAGUUGGAAACUCGACUUCAGGAAAUUCAGGCUGAAACGGAAACGGAGUUGGCCAAGGCACUGGAAGCAAGGAAUUAUGAAAUGCAAAGGCUGCAGAAUCAGAUUGUUGAGCUGACUGCAAAGUGGGAGCGGGAGCAUGGCGAUCUGCAAACCAGUCUAGCAAAGAUCGAAGCUCUCGAAGAUUGCCUUAAGGCUGUGAAAAAGGAUGCCAACCUCAACGUCCAGGAGCUAAUCACCUCGGCCAAGACACGCGGUGAACUUAACGCGGUCCAUAAGAAGGUAGUCGAGUUACAGUCGAAAGUGGAGCAAGAAGUGGUCCACAAGCAGCGUCUGGAGAGCCAGUUACAGCAGUCAAAUCAAGAUGUCGAGCAGCUGAAGCAGGACUUCAACCAAUCAGAGCGCGAUAAGCUAGAAGCCCAGACGCGUCUUGAAGUCUUAUCUGGCUACUUUAGAGAGAAGGAGAACGAACUUAAGAAAGAACUUAGUCUGCAGGAGACCAAGUGGCUGCAGCACCAGGGAGAGAAUGCCAGCACAGUGGAGAUCCAGACGCUGAUGAAGAACGAAAUCCAAACUCUGAAAUCUCAGAAUGACGAGCUGCGUGCCGAGAUUGAGGCCCAGAUAGCCUCCCACAAAGCUCAGAUGGGCACGCUGGAGAAUCGCGCUCAUGAGUCCUGGCUGGCGGCGCGCCAGUCAGAGCGCCGAUGCGAAGAAGCGUUGGCCGAAGCCGCCAGCCUGAGGCGCAAGCUGACCACGAUGGCCAGCGGAGGAGGAGGUGUAGGCGGAGAUCUAGGCGUAAUGGAGGCCAUCGCCGCCAAUGGAGCUUCUGUGCUGGGGGCGGAACUGAAAACGGCACCAUCGCCGCUCCCCUUGCCGGGUUCACCACUACUAAACAUGCCAAAUCCACUGCCAUUCCUGGCGGCACCCUUCUCACCCUUCAUAGGUCUGCCGCCGCCAUUCCUGCCGCCAACUGGAGCGGGAGGGGCACGCCCCCCGCCACUGGGACGCAUGCGCUCCCCGCCGCCAUCGAGCCGCGGCGAUCGGGAUCGAGAGCGAUACUCAGACUACAGCGAUUACGAUGACUACGACGACGAUGAGGAGGACGACCGCGGCAUGGACCGUCGUCGAAGGCACAGCGGCAGCUGGGGUCGCCGGCAUCGAGGCUCCUACAGCCACUCGCCGCGCACAUAUCGCUCGCUGUCACCGUCGGACAGUCGGUACAACUACAACGACACGGAGACUGACUUCAGUCCACCACCAAGUCCGCCGCCCGUUUCUUCGGGACGCAGCGCGACAUCGCGACCCUACAGCGAGGUAUGAGCGAAUGGGUGUUCCCGUGCAACCAAGUCCUACCAAGUAUAUUAGACUCAAAACUAGUUCAAAUAUAUUUAUUAAUCAACGAUUAUCGAACGGUCGGAUCGGGGCGGGUCGGGACGGCCUCUUAAACCGAUUCCCCAAAACAGGGAUCUCAGGAGAAUUCAUCAACAACUAAGAAAACUCCUGUCUCAACGGUGAAUGAUAUCCAAGAAAAUUGAAACAAAUUAAACACAAUGACAAACACCAA